GGGGCUGUACCAGCAAACCAACAGGCAGGUCCAUGAGGUCCAGUCUUACAUGGGGCGCCUGGAGACUUCAGACAAAGAGUCAGUGCACUUGGUAGAAAAUGAGAUUCAGGCAAGAAUAGACAACAUAUUCAGCAACUUGGAACGUCUGGAAAUCCUGUCCAGCAAAGAACCUCCCAACAAGAGGCAGAAUGCCAAACUGCGAGUGGACCAGCUGAAAUACGACGUUCAGCACCUGCAGACAGCCCUGAGGAACUUCCAGCACCGCCGGUACCUGCGGGAGCAGCAGGAGCGGCAGCGCGAGGAGCUGCUGGCCCGCACCUUCACCACCAACGACUCUGACACCACCAUCCCGAUCGACGAAACCUUGCAGUUUAAUGAAUCCCUGCAGAGUGCCCACCGAGGCAUGGAUGAUCUUAUUGGCAGUGGCACCAACAUCCUGCAGGGGCUGAGGGAACAGAGAGUCACAUUAAAGGGCACUCACAAGAAGAUCCUGGACGUUGCCAACAUGCUGGGCCUGUCCAACACGGUGAUGCGGCUGAUCGAGAAGCGCGCCUUCCAGGACAAGUUCCUCAUGCUGGGGGGGAUGGCCGUGACCUGCCUCAUCAUGUUCCUCGUUGUGCAGUACCUGACAUGAGCUGCUGACCUCCUGCAAGAGGAGUGUCUCCAGGACUGACUUUCCUCUGGGUGCUGCUUUGGAUGAGACCUUCCCAUGGACUUCAGAGUUUACAAAUCCCACUCGGACAGUGUCACAUGGAAAGCACGUCGGGAAAUGGAUGUGUCAGGGGUCUGUGCUUGAGAACAGCCCUGUGGAAAUAACCUCUGGCCUUUACUGCUCUCCCCUCAAGCCUGCAGGUUUAAUGGUCUGGUUAAUAGGAAGCAGAAGUGAACAUUGUGCCCAGAUGUAGGAAGGCAGGAAUGUCCCUUUGGGCACACAGGCAUGGGAGGAUGCAAAGGCACAGCCUAGGAUGCAGCAGGUCUUUCCUGUGCAGGCCAGCACUGACCUGACCCCUGCAUUUUGCAGUGCAGGAAUGGCACAGAGAAUUUCACAGUGUUCAUGGGCCUGAGUUCAGCCUGUGGGACUGAGUGUGCAAAGAGAGUUGGGAAGUGAAGGGCUCCCAUUUGUGGUUCCAUUUGCUUGGAGGAGGAGGAUUUGUGGGGAAGAGUCUUAGAACACGGUUAUAACCUCAGUUAACACACUGUUAACCAGCACAGAUCUCUCUGGUUUAGGCUGAAAUGUCUGCUCAACUGAGGGAUGUUCUGGUACCUCUCUCUGCCCUGCUGCUUCCCAGGGGAUCCUGAGUGCCAUGCACCCUCCUGCUUCCACUGGGAUGCACAUCAGGCCUGUGGCACCUCCCCAGACCUCCUGCCAAAUCCAGCCUCCAAAACUGACAUUUCUAAUGCUGGAGCACAUAGGUUUGGGGAGCUGUGUUCACUUCCUGAGAUGCUGGUUGGGUUUGGGGCUCUAAAGCUGGAACUUCUGAGUGGAUGGAGCAGGUGAGUCUCCCUGUACUCCCUGGAGGUGUGGGAUUGUUCACAGGGCUGGAACAGGUUCUUCACACCUGGAACGCUGGGAUCAGCACAACAGGCCUGGCACUGAAAAUCAGCUUGGUCAAGAGACUUGCCUCAAGUUUGUGCCUUGGGAUGGUGACGUCCCCAUCCUUGGGAAGGGGGUUCCCUGUGUUUCCCUGAGCACCUGUGGAGUUACUGUGAAGGACAGACUGUGUCACCUCUUGGGGGUGCUGCUGGCUUGCACUCAUCUCUGUGGGGUUGUUCUCUAUCCCAGUGAAACAUGGGAGCUGUGAGAUCCUCAUCUCAGUCUGGCAUCGCUUCCCCUGCAGCCUGGGGUGUCUGACAGAGGGGCCAUCCUGGGAUUUUGGCAUCAUCCAUUUCAAUCACCCUGCAGAUCCAUUCCCAUCCCCAUCCCCAUGUGUGGCAAGGCUGGAGCAUUCCCUGGUGUCACAGUGGCACAGAUGUGUCAUAUCCAGAUGAUGUGGCCUCGUGCUGGCAAUGCCCUCCCUGUUUCCUGUCUGGAAUGGUUGUGUGUCUCUGGAUUAGUAACUAAUCACACAUUCUACAUUCUGUCCUCACUGGACUGAGCUUUGCUUUCAUUAUGUGGCCUGUUGCAAACUGGGAGAAAGGGUUUUAAUAACUGAAAAACUUAGAAGUAAUUUUAGGGAAUAUGGGCCAUGGGACAGGGCCAUGCUGGUGUCCAGAGCUGGGGUGGGGCCCAGCCAGACACCCAGUAUGACCAGUGGCCCCUUUUCAUGGGCUUCUCCAUGUGUCUGAUAUUCUGAAGUGUUUCCUGCUCUUGGAGUUUCCCAAUUUUUCCAGGUUUUCCAAGGAAAUACUGUAGCAGAGCAAGCAUGGAACUGUUUUUUAUUUGAGCCCAAGAGAGUAAGGAAUUGAAAAGAAGAAAUCUGCAGUGAUGGAGCAUCUGUCUUGCUGUGUAAUAGAAAUCAUAAAUCCAAAUUUGUCUGGAAUUUAAUUUGGAUAUGAAAUCUGAUGGAUUCAGCCCUUGAGAGGGCAGCUGAGCACUUACAAGGGGUCCCUGGUAAAUCUUAGUUCAGAUGAACUGAUCCAGUUCCACUGGAUUUUACAGUGUUAGGGUUUAGGGUUUAAGGCUGUAAUUGUUUAAAGUUUCUGUAGCUGUGACUUGGUGUAGCAGGGUUUGUCUUACACCAGGGUGGGACUCUGGUUAAUCUUUCUCCUUUUGGGCUGUGGUAGGAGCCAUAAGAUACUUGGAACUGGAUUUUUUUGUUCUGUUUCUGAGCCUAGCUUGGCAUUUUAAUAGAAGUUUUCCUGUUGAUUGAUUUUGCCUCUGGAGUCUCCUUGUCCUCCUGUCCAGCACAGGCUGAUUUCCCCUUGGAGAGCCAAGUGUCCUUGCUACCCUUGGCAUCCAAAGGUGACACAUAGGGCUUGAAGGAACCACCUGGGGAACUGGAUUUGGGGACAUGUGACAUCAGACACAUCUGUAGUGCCUGUAAAGUCCAAAGAGAUUUCCAGGGGCAUCUCAGGUGGUUUGUGUGAAACCUGAAAGCCUCCACUGCAGUGGGACGUGGCAGGGACACAGAUGGUUCCUUCAAGCCUCACAUCUCCCCUUUGGAUGCAGUGGGAAAUGAGCUGGAGCCCUGGUGGGAUUGUGGUCCCUGCCAAAGGAAAUGAGCUGGAGCCCUGGAGGCUUUGCUGCUGUAGCUUGGUGGUGUUUCCUUCCUCACCAAACACCUCACUUCUGCUUCCAAACUGUGGCACGAGUUCCAGUUCUGGGGUGAGCUGCUCUCAGGAGGGGACUCUGUGGGAAUUCACUUGCCUCUGGAAUAAAACUUUUUACCAGUAUUUUAUACAUAAAGGAGCAAGGGUGGAAUGUGAUUCAUGUGAUGUUCUGUGAAUAAAUUUUUUUCAACCAAAA